AUGGCACCGGCGCAGGACACUCAGUUAGAGAAAGUCGUUGAUGAGGUGUUGAAGAGUGGGCAAGUCCAAGCCCUGAAUUUAUUCUUGCAAAGGAACAUUGGUGAAGGGACCACCAUAAAAUGUUCCCAACAGUUUCUCACCAAGUUGGAUAAGCUUGUCAGCAGGAGUUUGGAUGAAAACGAUUCAAAGUCAGCCAGUUUGGGUCUCACUAUCCUCUACAAGUGUGGGAAAAACCUAAAACGACCUGGUGGUCGUCAGGGACUGUCAGGAAUAAUCGCUCAAGGCCUGAUCAAAAAGAUGGUGCAGUGGUUUGAGAAAUGCAGGCAACUAUGGAUCCAGUGUGGCCCACAGUGGGAUGAGACCUUGUUCAACCUCUCUGAGGACUUCUUUGAUGCCUUGAUGGUGGUUCAUGAAGCCUGCAAAGAGGGAACACAUCAAAUCACAGAGUCCUUUCUGUAUCCUGUUGGUGAAUUGGCAGUGGACCCCAGAAUCUACAUCCUGAUCCAAAAAGAGGCAAUCCGCAAAUUCAACUUAAUUCUGGACAAGAUCCCAGUGGAGUUUAAGAAAGAGAGAAAGAUCCUUACGUCUCAGGAUGCCUCAGAUAUCAUGAUCAAGCUGGCUGGUCAGAUAUUGAAGGGAGGUGAUUACGACCUGCAGACAGCCCUGAUGGAGGCCUUGUGCAGAAUGGCUACUCCUGACCAGAGGAAGGAGCUGGCUCAUCGAUGGUUCAGCAUGGAGCAUGUGGCCAGUGCUUUUGUCAAGAUCCAGGAUUCUGAGUUUGAGACGGAUUGUCGCAAGUUUCUGAACUUGGUGAAUGGGAUGCAGGGAGACAGGAGAAGAGUGUAUUCCUAUCCCUGUUUGGAGGUCUAUUUGGACAAGAAUGAGCUAAUGAUGCCUGCUGAUGAGAAGCUUGAAGAAUUUUGGAUCGACUUCAACCUGGAGAGCCACAGCAUUUCCUUCUACUUCUCUUUGGGUGAUGAAGAAGCACAGGAGAGCCAGUGGGAAACAAUAUGUAUCAAUGAGAAUGAAGUCCAAAGCUACACUGUUAAAGAGGAGGGCAAGAGAAAAGUCCUGCAUUUGAAGUUGUCGGAGGUGGUGGUCGUGGGUGCGGUGGAAGGCUCCAGCCUCACCAUCCACUUCAGCUCCUCCCUGGACAUCCUGCAGGCUGCUCGUACGGUCUAUGGACACAGCAAGAGCGCAGGAUUUGUGGGGAAGUCAGGCAUAUCUGUAGUCAACACUACGGUUAAAAUACAAAUGGAAGAUAGCAUCUCCCAGGUUGUUCCAGAGAGUCAGAUGUCUCUUGGUGAAAGUGAGAAAAACACUGCUCCUUACUUACCGGCCCCAGCUGCACCUUUACAGAUUGUGACUCCUACCAGGAUGAGGUUUUCAGAGUCGACCACCUUCAUCUGCAGUGGUGCAGGAGGAAGUGUGCAUCAUGCUAAGUCCCUCUCUGCGGUCCUGUCAUCAAACAAUUCCGCCAAGGGUAAAGGGAAGCCGUCUCUGAAGAUGGUUCGUUCGUGUGACAGGAAAGGUGACUCUUACCUCGGAGAGCUCUGGACGACUGCUAAGACCUCCAGUAAUGGCACAACACCUAACAGUACAAUAACAGCAACAGGUGGCAUGACAAAGCAGAGUGAAUCAUCUCAACAGAGAACAGCUUCCAAACUUUCCAUGAAGAAUAAUGUUGGAUUGGAUAUACACAAAAAGAACAUACCACUGGCAAAAGCAGUGGAAAUGGUUCUAGCUGGACAGGGAGAAGAGCAGUCUCUUGAUCCUAAUUGUGUUCCUGACAGCCAACCCAAAACUGGGAAAAACAUAUCUCUUAACUGGAGCAAACUCUCCGUUUCUGAAAUGCUAAUGAUGCCUACACAGAAAAUAAAUUCUCUGCCAAGAAGUGAGCCUCGUUCAAGUUUGGCACAACAGCAGGACCGCCCCUCCUCAGCUCAGAGGUUUUCGGUUUCAGACAAACACAGCCAAAAGCAGCUCCAUAGUGAACUCACCCAGCGCCUGCAGCAGGUCCUCGGGGAGAGCAACCAGGACGCUGCACCACAGGAGCCUGCUGCAGCACAGAGGAAGAUGUCUGAUAUUAAAGGCCACGCCAAAGGCAGACGCACUGCAGACCCGAGUGCUUCAACGCUGUGUGGUCCCAAAGAGCAGCAGGCCCACAAAAAUAGCCUGGCUAAAGGGAAGAGCAAACACCAGAUGUCCUUGCAGGAAGAUGCCGCUCCAGUCAAAGCUCCGGCCAAAGCUCCGGCCAAGGCCUCCACAGCCAAAGCUCUGCAGAAGAAAGAUCCAUUGAAUGUUGAGGAUAAAACCAGUAACGCCCUUUCAAGCAAAGAGAAGAGAGAUGCAGAGGUCACAGAAAGCAUGGUGAAGCUCAUCUCUAGCCGUUAUGAGAUGACCCCCAAAUCUUCAGUAAAAGAAACUGCAGCAACAAUCCCUAAGAGCUGGAUCCCUCCUGUUGUCAACAGGCCUAUCUUCAAUAUGAGCUGGUUAUCGACUGCUAAAAAGGACGAGUCUGGAACUGUAAGCCUCAUGAAGUCCCACAGCAAAACCACAACAAAUACUACUCGAAAGGAUGUUUUUUCAUUCAACGCUGAUGCACCAUUGAGUGCUGGGGGAAAGAACAAAACCCUCUCCAGCACUUCUUUCAUAUCAAGCAGUGGCAUCCAGGACUCAUCAGCACUGCCCAGUACAACCAAGAAAGCAGAACCUGUGGCAAAACAGAAGCGCCAUGUGAAGAAGCAUCUGUUCAGUGACACCGACACUGACUAUGCCACGACAGAUGUUAGCUGGCUAAAGGAAUCAAACCGGAAACCCAAACCCAAAGUUACCACAUACUCCAGGCAGGCGCCGGUCAAACCUAAAGCGGUGUCUCCUCAUACUUCAUAUGAAUCACCAGGUUUACCCCUACCCUCUAAACAACCUGUCAAGGGCACUUCCAAACUGAAAAAGCAGAAGCCUGACGUUAUCAAGAGAGUGGAGCAGCGGAAAAAGACAUCGAAGCCCGCAGCAGCAGCACCCGAAGCAGCAGCAGCACCCAGCAGAGCUCAAGCAGCAGGCAGGAGGCCCAGGAGAACUGCAGCCAUCUCUACCAAGAGCUACAGGGAUCCAGACACUGAUGACAGCCAGUCAGAGGCGGAGAAACCUCUGUCUCCCGAGGCAAAAAUAUUUCCUAAUCAUCUGGAGAAUGCUGAGAAAACCCACAACGCUGCGCAAGUGACGAAGAAAAGGACUGCCAGCAAACAACCAACCAAAAGCUACAGGAAGCCAGAAAGCAGCGAAUCAGAGUCGGAGUUAAUGGCACUGCAGCCACCCACUUCCAAGAAACAUAUUGAAGGCCAGCAGGGGAAGGUGGAGAAGAGCCGUUCAGAGGUUCCAGAGGUGAAGAAGAGAAAAAACACCUCCUCUGAGCAAUCCACAGAUACACACCGGAGACUGGACAGCAACAACCAGUCAGAUCUGAAAAAGCCAUCUGGUUCAAAGGAGUUGCGGCCUAAGAAUGUUCUUCCGGAAACUUCGAAGUUUAACAAGAAAAAUUACGCCCAUGCCAAAGAUCAGAUGAAUGGAGUGAAGGAUUCCUGGGCGGCCCGCCAGACCUCUUUCUGUCCGUCCCCUCCUCUGAUCGAGAGGAUGAGAUCUGCCGAGAGGUCAGCCCCAACCUUCGGUUUGACCUGCUCCCCUCUCCUCACCCCGCUGGGAUCCCCACUCCCUGCCUCCCCUGACCCUCCCUGCGAGGACACCCCCUCGCCAAUCCUGCUGCUUCCCAAACCUCGCUCUACACUCAGCAGUAAAGGGACCUUCAGGCUCUCCUCGUUCUGCAGCGUGGAUAAGAAGCACAGAUCAUCCAAGACUCACUCGGUCCAGUCUGUACGCUCUCUCUCUUCACUCACCCGCAAAGGUCAAACAACCAAAGGUCAAACCCCCGCUGCAGGUUUCCCCACUGGACCUCGUGCAGCAGAGAUAAGUUCAAUCCAGCAGAGUCUGCACUCGGCGCCUCCAUCGCCUUUGUCUCCGUCCGCUCGGCCCCUGUUGACAUCCACCUUCCUCGAGCUGGAGAAGCCCCCCAUGUCUUCUCCUCCUCAGUCUCCGAUCCCUGAAGUCACCGUCAGCAGCCGUUAUGGCUUCAGUAAAAUGUCUUCAGUCUCCUGGGUUUCCAGCCAGUCGUCCACUAAGUCAUCAGUACUCACCAGUCGAGUUAAGGAAAGCCCCGAUGACAGCCUGGCUGUGUCUCAUAAAAGAGAGAAAACACCAUCUUCAGACCGAGAACGAAACUCUGAGCAGCUUCGUAUCUCAGGACCAGUUCGCAAGCGCCACAUCUCAUCGUCGAGUGAUUCUGAGGAAGAUGAGAAGGAAGAGAAGAAAAAAAGCAAGAUCAGAGGGCAGCGCUCUCCUCGGAUGAAACCGAGGAAGUUGUUCAAGUCCUUCCCUGGGAUGUCUGCUGACGCUGAGGUGAGCCACGUGAUGUCUUCUUCCCACACAAUGAGCUCCAGUCACUGCUGGGAGGCCGAGGGGGGAGACGGAGACAUGGAGGAGGAGGAGGAGGAGGAGGACUGCGACUUACCAAAGCUGGCUGUGAACCAGAGCAGCAUGCUCCAGCAGUUCAGCAACGACCUGAAGAAUAAGUUCAAGAACCGUCACAACAUGGUGGAGAUUUACAACAAGCAGACUCUGAAGACCGUCCAGCAGCACGUCUCCUCCCUCAACACGCAGGUCACCAAGCACAGGACUCAGAGGCUGGAGCAGGUUCAGAAGGUCCUGCUGGACGAGAUCAACAAACUGGAGAAGAAUGACACUGUGCUUAAAAGCAUGGAGAAAGACCUGACUGUGUAUUGGAAAAGGCAGGCUGUUGCUUUCCAUUCUUACCAGGAGCGGGAAACCACAAGCAAUGAGACCCUGAAGACGGCCCUCCAGAGUAACGUGUGCCACAGCUUGGAGUAUGAGGAGAGAAUAUUCACAUCCCAGAUGUGCCUGAUAAGGAAAGACAUGAAGUCAGUUCAGGACAGACUCCUCAGCGAGAUGCAAGACGGGGAGAUCAAGAGUGUGAAGAGAGGCCUGCAUGCUUUGUUUUUCCCCUGAUAGAGCCAUAUGUUGAGCUGAAAACCAUCCUGCACUGUAAACAAGGUUGUGUAUUACACCGCCUCAUGCACACUGCGCUGUGUAAUUUAAAAGUGUUGAUUGUUCCAGGUUCUGAUUUUAUUCCAUGUGGAUGUUUCUAAUUUAUUCUGACCUUGAUGCAUUGUUUGUUUUUAUUGGUAAUGUUAUGUUAUUCUAAUAUGUAUCACCUGAUGAAAUGUUUUAAUCAUUUUAGUGUUCUUGAAAGUAAACAUUGAGUUGUUUCUGCUCUGUGAUGUUUUUAAAACAAAUUCCUGAUAUAUUUAUGUAAGGAAGUUAAC